AUGAUUCUAAUACCUCUAUUUUUUUAUAUUUUUUUAAAUUACAUAAAAUGUGACAUCCCUGUUCAUUGCUUGAGUAGGCAUGUGGAAGGGGUGUGGGAAAUUAAAUUGGGAUUAUUAAAAAAUAAGCAAUUUGAAAAGGAAAACGAUGAAUAUUCAAAAAUAAAUAAUCGAGUAGACAACAAUUAUUAUGAUUACGAAUGUGGAUAUAGGAGACCAGACGAUUCGAAUUAUCAUGAUGCACUUGACCCAGAAAUUGUAAAACAACGAUUUGAAAUUAAAGAUAAAAAAAUUAUUGCAUUUAACAAAGACAGAACUAUUAACAUUAUUGAAAAUGGUAAAAUUGUUCCUGAAUAUAGUGGGUAUUGGAGAAUUGUAUAUGACGAAGGGUUACAUAUUGAGAUAUACAAUUCUAAAAAUAAAAACAAAGAGAUAUAUUUUUCCUUUUUUAAAUUUGUAAAAAAUGGUGAAGUUUCUUAUAGUUAUUGCAACAACCUGGUUAUGGGAGUUGUUAGUAUGUAUCAAUUGAAUGACAAUACAGAUAUUGUUAAAAGUAAUGUGAAUAUAGUAGGUAAUAGUAGAAUUAACAAUUGUAACGAUAAUCAAAGUAAUAGCAUGGUUGAUGAUAUAAAUGUAAAUUCAUCAAAUUGUGUGAAUAAAUUCGAGGAAAAAGGAAAAGAAAAUAAUUCAUCAAUAAAUAAUAACAUAACAGAAAAAGAAUCGGGGGGAAAAAACGGCAUUUUUAGGUAUGUAUAUGCUUUAUAUGGGGUAUUAAAAAAUUCCUAUUUAAAUAUAUUAAAUAAUACGGUUAAAGUGAAGGAGAAUAAAAGUGUAGCUUUAAAUGAUGUUGAUAAAUUAUAUGGAAAUAAUAAAGAUGUUAAAAUUUUAAUUGAUCAUUAUAAUGAUAAUUUUAUAGACUUUAAAACAAUGCCAAUGAAAAGGUAUUGUUGGAGCGGGAAAAAAUUAGACAAAAAUGCAGACAAAGCAACAAACAAAAUUUCAAAUAUGUUAUCACCUCUAGAUGUUAAUGCAGAUAUUCAGAAGCAUAAUUAUUAUAUUAAUUUAAUUGGAGAUGAAAAAAAUAAAAACAUCCUAAAAAAUAAUAAAGGAAAAAAGAGGCAAACUAAUAAUCUACAAGGAGUAAUAGAUAAUCCACCUACUAAAAAAAUAAAAGAAAAUAGUUUAUUUAAUAUGUACAGUAAUCGAGAUAUAACAUUAAAAAAUUUUGAUUGGUCAGAUGAAAAUGAUGUAAAAGAAAGAUUAAAUGGUAAUAUCGUAAGAAUUUUUGAUGAAGCUAUUGAUCAAAAAGAGUGUGGUUCAUGCUAUGCUAAUUCCGCUUCGCGUAUGAUUAAUAGUAGAAUAAGAAUAAAAUAUAGUUAUAUAAAAAAAAUUGAUUCGUUGUCUUUUAGUAAUGAGCAACUUCUUAUAUGUGACUUUUUUAAUCAGGGUUGUAAUGGUGGGUAUAUAUAUCUUUCUUUAAAAUAUGCUUAUGAAAAUUAUUUAUAUACAAAUAAAUGUUUUGAAAGCUAUGAAAAUUUAUAUAUAAAUAAAGAUGUUAAAAAUAACUCUUUGUGUGAUCGUUUUGAUACCUUUAAAAUAUUUUUAAAAAAAAAGGAAAAAACAAAUAUAUAUAUUAAUAAUUAUCCUGAAAAAAUGGAACAAAAAAAUGAACAUGUAAGAAUGUAUAACAAUUUUGGAAAUACUCAUGAUAAUUCAAAUAAUAGAAACGAUAGUAAUAUCCAUAAAAAAUUGAUAAAAGGUGAGGAUAUUAAUUAUAAAUAUCAAUCAGUUGAUUCUGGUGGACAAGGAAAAGGUAAUGUAUCAGAUGACUAUCUAAAUGAAGAUUACAUAUUAGUAGAUAAAAAUAUGUACGAAAGAGAAAAAUUCAAAUUAGAUGAACUAGACAGUUGUGAUACAAAAAUUAAGGUAACCAAAUAUGAAUACCUUGAUAUAGAAAAUGAAGAAGAUUUAAAAAAAUAUAUUUAUUAUAAUGGACCUGUAGCUGCAGCAAUUGAACCGUCAAAAAGUUUUAUUAAGUAUAAAAAAGGUAUACUAGCAGGAAGUUUUCUAAAAAUGCAAGACGGUGAUAAAUCAAAUGCAUAUAUAUGGAAUAAAGUCGAUCAUGCUGUUGUUAUAGUUGGGUGGGGUGAAGACACUAUAGAAAAUUUAAUAAAAAAAAAAAUUAAAAUAAAUAACUCAAAAAAAAAAACUCAUUCUUAUGAUGAAUAUGAAUCAAAAAAUGACGAUAAUUUAGAUGAAGACAUAUAUGAUGAGCAUAUUAAUAGUUAUGUAAAAAAUACUAAGGAAAAAGAUAAAGUUGUAAAAUAUUGGAAAAUUUUAAAUAGUUGGGGAACGAACUGGGGAUACAAUGGAUACUUUUACAUACUAAGAGAUGAAAACUAUUUUAAUAUACGAUCGUAUCUUUUGAUAUGUGAUGUUAAUUUAUUUGUUAAGAAUAAAAAUGUUAAAUUAUAA